AUGCCGUCGGUACUAUUUCCGUCAAUGCGGUUGAUGUUAGCGGCAAUGUUAUGCUGUUGUUUUAUCACCCUCUCCAUCUCCAGCUCAAAUUUGGCAGUGGCUCUCAUCUGCAUGACGUCCUGUCCUCAUCAUGGUUAUGGUGGAGAUCUGAAAUGGAAAACUGAACAGGAAGGUCUGGUCUUGGCUGCACAAAACGCUGGCUCUUUGCUGACUUUGGUUACCGGUAUGUGGGCCGAUCGUCUGAAUGGUAAAUGGAUGGUGUUCGUGGCGUUGCUAUUGUGCUGUGUGGGCAAUCUUGUACUACCCUUGUUCGCUGCCGAAUCCUUCUGGUUUGCUGUCGUAGCCAGAAUCGCCGUCGGAGCUUCUGAUGCAUGUUUGAUGCCAGCAUGUAAUUCGCUAAUCACCAGGUGGUUCCCGCAAUCAGAACGGGCUGCAGCGAUCGGGCUUAUCUCAGGAGGACGGCAGAUAGGUACGCUGUUCAUUCUGCCAACAGCUGGUUACCUUUGUACUAGAAAGGAUAUCCUCGAUGGUUGGCCGGCUAUUUUCUAUCUUUCUGCCUGCAUAUCCAUUCUUGUCACGGUAUUCUGGAUUCCAUUCGGAGCAGACAAGCCAUCAAAGCAGUGCUGUAUAUCUGGAAGGGAGAGAAAUUUUAUUGAGAGUAGAAUCGCCUGCGAAUCUAUCGGUAAAAGAACAGACCGUUCACGACGAGUCCCCUAUCGAGCGAUGUUGCGAUCGCGGCCUCUUUGGGCAUCUAUCUUCGCCUUGGUCUGCCACGAAUACCCUUUGGUGAUCAUGCUUCAGUUUCUUCCCAAUUACAUGCGUGAUGUGUUGGAAUUCGCUCCUACACAGAACGGACUGAUCGCAGCACUGCCAAUUUUGUGUCUGUUCCUUUCGAAAACACUAUCUUCGUCGUUUGCAUCGUACUUGGUUACGAAGAGAGACAUGGACAAAACCGUCGUCUGCAAGGGUUUCAAUGCUGUCGCCUCUGCAGGACUGGCAAUGUGCAUCUUCAUUGUGCCGCUGUUCGACAAAACUCGGGCUGUGUUCGCCGUCUUUUCGUUGUGUGGUGCAAUGAUAUUUGCAGGUAUGCACACACCCGGUGUAAUAACGGCACUGGUACAACUGGCACCGCCUUUUUCGGGUAUUAUUACUGGAUGGUCAUUUUUUGCUGUAGCAUGGUUCAGCAUCGGAAACAAGAUUCUCACAAANCGGCUAAUUUCAGGAGAUACAUUCAAUCAUACGCCAUCGUCAAAGAAUUCAGUUUAUUCGUUUUCAAUUGAUAAACGGUCACGGAACACCGGCGGAUCUUUUAGUCAGGUGAAUGAUUGA